ACUGGUCUGGCUAGGAAAUAGAUAACCAUGUCUUAAUUUCCUCAGACAUGGAGUAUUAAAGCUUUCUUCAAGGUCUCUUCAUUCCAGGCACACCAACGUGUGCAGAUGGAUCUUUGGCUCUCCUCAUUCCCACGUGCACAUAGACAAGCAGAGUCUCACGUCCACUCAGACCCAGGCUGGCUUCUCCCUCAUGUUCUUCCUGCCUCAAUAUCCCCAAUACCACCUUCAUACCUCAAUACAAGUGCUGGGAUUAUAAUCAUUGACCACCAGGCUAAGCAUUUCCACUGAAUUUCUAAUGUUACCCUGCUUAGGCCAAGCUUCCACAGAUGCCCAUAAGGCAAGCACAAAAUCCAGGUGAACAAAUCCUGUUUCCUUUCUCUAGCUCCAGCUCAAUUUCAUGUUAACCUCUUUCCACAUCACCAGUCAUCUUUAUGAUCUCACUUGGUCCUCUUCAGAGACACAUCCCAGGACUUCAGCUGUCUCUGGACUGCAGGAGGUGGUUGGUGUUGUAGGAACAUAGUAAAAGUAAAAGAAGAAAGGAUUUCCUGUCUGAAUGUCAGAUUCUAGGAGGUGCAAAACCAACAGAUGAGAUGGCUCCUAGCGCCAGCAAUCGUCCGUGGAAUCUGCUACACUCGAAAUCAGCUUGCUUGCCUGUGAGGCGUGUAGAAAGUGCUGUUCGCUAACUGCGCGGUGAAGGAGAGAAAGCGAUAGAAGAGAGAGCCAUAAUGCUGACGUUGAAGGCCCGGCCCUGUGAGGUUGCAUAGGAUCCGCUCGCUUAACCAGUGCGCUGGCGAGACGCGCUCAGAUAUACUGAGCGAGCGCCGAGCAGCAGUCUCAGAUCCUGACGGUGCAGCAGCCCGCAGCCUCAGCCAGGGAGUCCCAGCCGCUUUCAAUGGAGGAGAAGCCCGGCCAGCCACAGCCUCAGCACCAUCACAGCCACCACCAUCCGCACCAUCACCCCCAGCAGCAGCCGUCGCACCACCACCACCAUUAUUACUUCUACAACCACAGCCACAACCACCACCACCACCACCAUCACCAGCAGCCUCACCAGUACCUGCAGCAUGGAGCCGAGGGCAGCCCCAAGGCCCAGCCCAAGCCGCUGAAACAUGAGCAGAAACACACCCUCCAGCAGCACCAGGAAACGCCGAAGAAGAAAACAGGCUAUGGUGAAGUAAAUGGUAAUGCCGGAGAGAGAGAGAUAUCUUUAAAGAGCCUCAGUUCUGAUGAAGCUACUAACCCUAUUUCUAGGGUCCUCAAUGGCAACCAGCAAGUUGUAGACACUAGCCUGAAGCAGACUGUAAAGACCAGCACCUUUGGAAAAGCAGGAAUUAAAACCAAGAAUUUUAUUCAGAAAAACAGUAUGGACAAAAAGAAUGGGAAGUCUUAUGAAAAUAAAUCUGGAGAGAACCAGGCUAUAGAUAAGACCGACACUGUAGCAAUUCCAAAUGGCGUUAUAACAAAUAAUUCAGGCUAUAUCACUAAUGGUUAUAUGGGCAAAGGAGCAGAUAAUGAUGGUAGUGGAUCUGAGAGUGGAUAUACCACUCCUAAAAAAAGGAAAGCUAGGCGCAAUAGUGCCAAGGGUUGUGAAAACCUUAAUUUAGUGCAGGACAAAAUAAUGCAGGAGACUAGUGUCCCAGCAUUAAAACAGGGACUUGAAAGUUUAAAGCCUGACUACAGUGAACAAAAGGGAACUCGAGCAGAUAGUUCGAAGCCUGUUUGGAAGUAUGAAACUGGACCUGGAGGAACAAGUCGUGGAAAACCUGCUGUGGGUGACAUACUUCGUAAAAGCUCAGAUGUUAAACCUGGUUUGAACAACAAAAAAUUUGAUGAUCGGCCUAAAGGAAAGCAUGCCUCAGCUGCUGCCUCCAAAGAGGACUCAUGGACCUUGUUUAAACCACCCCCAGUUUUUCCAGUGGACAAUAGCAGUGCUAAAAUAGUUCCUAAAAUAAGUUAUGCAAGCAAAGUUAAGGAAAACCUCAACAAAACUGUACAGAACUCUUCGGUGUCACCAUCCUCAUCUUCAUCCUCUUCAUUAUCUACUGGGGAAACUCAGACCCAACCUUCAAGCCGACUAUCCCAGGUCCCCAUGUCAGCUCUGAAAUCUGUUACUUCUGCCAACUUUUCUAAUGGGCCUGUUUUAGCAGGAACUGAUGGAAAUAUGUAUCCAUCAGUGGGUCAGCCACUGCUAACUACUGCUGCUAAUACUUUAACACCCAUCUCUACUGGGACUGAUUCAGUUCUUCAGGACAUGAGUCUGACUUCAGCAGCUGUUGAACAAAUUAAGUCUAGCCUUUUUAUCUACCCUUCAAAUAUGCAAACGGUGCUGUUAAGCACUGCACAAGUAGAUCUGCCCUCUCAGACAGAUCAGCAAAACCUGGGGGAUAUCUUCCAGAAUCAAUGGGGUUUAUCAUUUAUAAAUGAGCCCAGUGCUGGCCCAGAGACUGUUAUUGGAAAGUCAUCAGAUCAUAAAGUGAUGGAAGUGACAUUUCAAGGAGAAUAUCCUGCCACUUUGGUUUCACAGGGUGCUGAAAUAAUUCCCUCAGGAACUGAGCAUCCUGUGUUUCCCAAGGCUUAUGAGCUGGAAAAACGGACUAGUCCUCAAGUUCUGGGUAACAUUCUAAAACCCGGGACUACUGAGAGUGGAGCCUUAUCCUUGGAACCCAGUCAUAUAGGUGACCUGCAAAAAGCAGACACCAGUAGUCAAGGUGCUUUAGUGUUUCUCUCAAAGGACUACGAAAUAGAAAAUCAAAAUCCUCUGGCCUCUCCUACGAACACUUUGUUAGGCUCCGCCAAAGAACAGAGAUACCAGAGAGGCCUAGAAAGGAAUGAUAGCUGGGGUUCUUUUGACCUGAGGGCUGCUAUUGUAUAUCACACUAAAGGUAACAUUUCUUUUUCAAAGAUUCUGAUGGGCUAA